AUGUUGAAAAGCGGUGAUAAUCCCUCAUCCGAUGCUGACUGGAAGGCGUCCCUUACUCUCCCGAAAAAAGAUUUGCGCCUCAAGACAGCCGACGUCACAGCGAUCAAAGGGAACAGCUUCGAGGAUUUUUGUCUAAAACGCGAUAUCCUCAAAGGUAUCUAUGAGAAGGGUUGGGAAUAUCCAUCACCGAUCCAAGAAUCCAGCAUCCCAGUGGCACUUACUCGCCGAGACAUCAUGGCCCGCGCGAAGAACGGUACCGGAAAAACCGGUGCUUACUCAGUACCACUCCUGGAGUCCAUAGACACAUCUCUUAACAAGAUACAAGCCAUGAUCCUUGUCCCAACGCGCGAGCUUGCUCUUCAAACUAGCCAGAUCUGUAUAGAACUGGCGAAGCACACUGCAAUCAAAGUUAUGCUCGUAAUCGGUGGCACACUUCUGAAGGACGACUUGAUUCGUUUGAGCCAGACUGUCCAUGUUUUGAUUGGAACUCCUGGUCGACUAGUUGAUCUGUUUAACCGCAACUUACUGGACAUUUCAAAAUGCAAAUCAGUUGUACUUGACGAAGCUGACAAGCUCCUCUCUGAGGAAUUGAAGGGUGCGGUUGAACAGCUGCUGAAUGCAGUAGACGAAAACCGCCAAGUCAUGGUGUACUCUGCUACCUACCCGGUUACUGUCCAGUCCUUCAUGCAAAAGCACUUGCGCAACCCAUAUCAAAUUAACCUCAUGGAAACCCUCACCCUGAAGGGCAUAACGGAGUAUUAUGCUUAUGUGCAAGAGAAACACAAGGUUCACUGUCUUAAUACCCUUUUUUCAAAGUUACAAAUUUGCCAAUCGAUCAUUUUCUGCAGCAGUGCUCAACGUGUUGAACUUCUGGCGAAAAAGAUCACACAGCUUGGCUACUCAUGUUAUUAUAUUCAUGCCAGGAUGUCUCAGCAGGAUCGUAAUCGCGUCUUUCAUGACUUCCGAAAUGGCUGUUGCCGAAAUCUCGUUUGUACAGAUCUUCUUACCCGUGGAAUCGACAUUCCUUCCGUUAAUGUUGUUAUUAAUUUUGACUUCCCAAAAUAUGCAGAGAGCUAUCUUCAUCGUAUCGGCCGGUCUGGUCGCUUCGGUCAUCUGGGAAUCGCUAUCAACUUGGUCACAUACGCUGACAGAUAUGCCUUAAAAACCAUUGAAACGGAGUUGAUGACCGAGAUUAAACCCAUCCCAAAAGAGAUCGACAAGCGGCUGUACGUUGCAGAGUACCAGAAUGAAGGUGACUUGGAUCCGGCCGCACGGGAGGCUUUGUUCAACGGUCUCGGCUUGCCUCCCGCAGAAAGCAAAGAGACCGUGACCAACACUCAAUAG